AUGUUGACUGAAUCUUUGCCUUUUGCAGGCCACCACCACAUGAAGAAUCCGUUGAAAAUCAUGACGGCCAUUAUGCACAGAAUCCGCAGGAAGCGCAAGGUCUCGUCGGAGCUCGAUUCUCGAUGGGGUGAUAUGGCCAUCUCCUCGCCCAACGAGGGUUCUUGGAGCCAGUAUGGAGCCUCACCAAGGACCAGCCCAGUGUCCGCUGCCUCGUUCGAUCACGACCAUGGACCUCGACAGGACUCUAGAGAGCUCCCCGAGCCAUACAUACCCAACGGAAACAAAGUGGGCAUCGUGAACGAGGUAACCGUCAAUUCCUUAAACAUGCCUACGGGCUAUUAUGAUGCGAAACUACGACGGCAAAAGACCAAGAGCCGGCCUCCCACGGUACAGCCUGUUCAGCCUGUCCAGCCGAAACCUAUUACUCUACCAAAAUCAUGGGAGGAGAAGAAGUUUGCGGAUAGUUCGGCGGACGAAGCUGGAGACAACGUCUCUUCCCUAGGGUCUCCGCGAAGGCGAGGCACAGACGACGCCAACUCUCGUGGAUCAAAAUCACCUCCAUUAUCAGUCACCUCGCGGAUGCGGCGAUAUAGCGGCCAGAGCACCGCGACGGAUCCAAUUUUCUCGGUGCCUGGAACGGCAAGUUCCCAGCGAACUAGUUUCAGCGCCGAUGAUCCUCGACUCGCACGGCAUCCACCGCUGCCAGCGCAGCCUGAUAAGAAACCUCCCCAAGGACCCAAAGUCCGUGAAGCGGACCCGAACACUGCAUCGCAGGAACUAGUCCCUUCGUACGACGAUCUGUAUGGCUAA